CUUUACCGUUCUCCUCAAACAUCUGUACUCCGCACGCACUCCUUCAGGUCAUUGCGAUAUUUCUUGUUAAUUACUUCAAUGGCCGCACAUUUGUUGCGUGUUUGUGUGAGUACGGCAGCAUUAUGUUAUGCUGUUGCUAAUAAAUGUGUCAUUACUGUACUCAGACAUCGUCUGGAUACAAAAUAAUAACUGUAUGCACGUGACCCUCAACCUGCUGCACGUAACCCGUCUGUCAAUGAUAUCUCAAAAUAUCAACAUUACAUUUCAUCUAUAGGCUGGAUCAAAAUGGCUUAAACGAAUGAUUAAUAUAUAUUUUUGUAAUUCAUAUUUUUUAUGUUUUUGUUUUAUCUCCUAGGUUACACAUUAUUGUCAUCAAAUGUUUCUAAACUGAGGUGAAAUGUAAUAAAUUGCACAAGGCAGUGACUAAAGCAUGCUUCUGCACAUGCUCUAUACCAGUACAGCUUCGAAUCGUAAAAUUGCAUCUACAGUUAGGGUUAGAGGAAGAGGAUUGUAAACAAAAAACAACCCAUUGAAGCAAAAAGUAACAAGGGACAUUAUGUAGUAAUAAUAGAAGGUAUAGCCUGCAAUCACCAAGCCAGUCCACCAAAUUGGAGUACAGUAUACUGUAUGAAUGGAGUGAGAUUAUAGAUAUUUGUUUUUUCAAGGCCAAGCCCCUUUGCCACAGAAUAUAAAAUUUCACACAAUGAAAAGAAUAAAUAUUCUACACCCAUUUCCUUGUAAAUGAUGGUAUAUUUUCUGAAGUUUAAACCCCAAACUACACAUUUCAUGCAGGAAUGGAUGAUGAUGCACCCGAUGAGGCCUUGGCUGACUUCAAGACGAGGCCCCUCGGAGGAUGGGGUGUUGCUCAGAUAGCAGCUGCCUCUGGGCUUACUGUAUAUGCCAUAUGGGUGGGAAUAGUCCAGCCAGGCUUCCGAAAAGUCCCCUUGAGGCAACAGGUCCCGUACAUUCCUGCCAGCAAAGCUCAAGUAGAUCAUGUAAUAACAAUGUUUAGAGGUCGAAAGGGAGGCCUUGUGGAUUUGGGAUCUGGUGAUGGCCGCAUUGUCUUGGAAGCACAUCGGCAGGGUUUCACUCCUGCUGUUGGUUAUGAGCUCAACCCAUGGCUUGUUCGCCUGGCCAAAUUUCAUGCCUGGAGAGCAGGCCAUCAUGACGAAGUGUCAUACCGACGGGAAGAUCUCUGGAAGGUCGACUUGACAGAAUGCAAAAAUGUCACAGUAUUUCUGGCUCCUAGUGUGCUUUCAUUACUGCAGCAGAAGUUGCAGACUGAGCUUCCUGAUGAUGCCUUAGUGGUAGCUGGUCGUUUUCCCUUCCCUGACUGGACACCCUGCAGGAUUGAGGGACAUGGUGUGGACAGAGCUUGGGCAUAUAGCAUGCAAGCACAAAGACAGCACACCUUCAAGAAAAAUGGCAAGCUCACGGAUAGCAACCUAAACAAUGAACUAACCAAAGAGAAAGGAUCCACUUGAAGCUACUUGGAUGUUCAUAGUCUUUUGCACUCUAUGAUGGUAACAUUAUUUUAUGUUUUAAGUGUUAUUGAAUUUAGUCAUUGUUAUUAUUAUUGUUAUUAUUACUUAAUAUUUCUUAUACAGGCCUAUAUAUAAUUAGACAACUUCAGAGGACAUUUUGGAUUCUAUGAUGCAGCUAGUUUUCUACAGGUAGGAUGAACACAAAAUUAAUGUGUGACGCUCAAAGGCACUUAGUGCUGUGGAAAUGUCUUUACCUCAGCUAGUGUGGAAUGUGUCUCUCCAGUCUCUGGAUGUGAAAGGUGACUAGUGUUUUGCCCCAGUCUCACAAACAGAUUUUAACACUAAAAAAAACAUCAAGGCCCAUUGUGUAUAAAGAGUACAUACAAUAACUGAUGCUUUUUCUCUAGAUUUUUUAGUUUUUACCUUGCUGUGAUGGUUUCUUCAACAACAAAAACAAACAAAAUGAAUUGCUCUUAUCUAUUUAUGUAUUAUACAUUGCCCGUUCUCAUGUACCAUGUCACUUUAAUUCAGGUAACGUGUGUGUAGCAUUUAGGUGAAAUCCCACUUUGGCUGACAUUCAAUAUGGGUUUACAUUGAAUAAACAUUGUUUUAAUAUAUUGUUUAAAAUAAAUUAUUUAAACAAAAUGCUGCAUUAACUUCACGACCCACGUCUUUCCAGGAUACAAGUAACAGCAUUAAUCUGUAUGUUAUGUAAAAGGCAAAAAGGGGAGAGAAAUCUAAAUGUGCUUAGAGGUACAGAUUCUUCAAAUUGUGUAAUCAUGCUUGAAAGGUCCUGUAGAUAAUAAUCAGUUUUGAGGGAGUAAACGUUUCCACGCUGCAGAAAGACAAUAUUAUAUGAGCAUUUUGCAUUU